UCCACCGUUACGUCAAGCAGAGAUAUGAGCAGACAUGUGUUUUACCCUGGGAGAAUGGCUGUUUCAUUCCUUCCGCUGGCUUCUGGAGAAUGACAUUGGAUACACCAUCUACCUCAUCAGGAACCAGCAAAGAGAGGAAGCUGCAGGAGUGUCCAUGGCAGCGGGGCACAACAAGGACAGCCUCCUGUGUCCUGUCCUUUCUCAACUAUUCCCUCAUGUUUGGAGGAAUCCAGUCUCUCCUCAACUAUGAGGAACACAAGCCAGUUGUGACAGCAGCAGCAUCGGAGGAUGACCAGCUGGUGGGUUUUGGGACUCGUGCCUACAGCACCUGGCGAGAGGUCUGGGAGAGCAGGGAGGACGGCUAUGCAUCCUUCAUCCUGAAGAAGAAGAACUGCACUGCAGGCACAAAGAUGCAUAAGCUACAACUCUACCUGAAGAAGAAGCUGCAGCCACCCACUGUCACCCCUCUGAUGUCACACACCUCACCUGUGAUGUCACACGCCUCACAUGCUCCUGCUGAAGCCAUUGUGAUGGAUGAAGAUGAAGAGCUGGAGAGGAUGAUGCUGAGCAUCUCUCCUUCAAAGCAACAUGUGCAGAGCUCUGUUUCUGCAUCUUCGUCAUCCUCCUCAUCUGCCAGGACGAGAAAGAGGUCUUUAACCCAGAGCACCGCGCGCCGACCGACACAACUGGGACCAUGA